GACUCAGCGGUGUUUAAUUGUCGGCAUUGCCCCAAGAGUGAGGUUAAUUUGUUUCCAUUGUGCUGCCCUGACCGUUUGUUGAAAAAAUCUGUGAAUAAAAAUGGCUUUAUCUGUUCCCAAAGCACCUGGAGUUCCUCAAAUGCUCAAGGAUGGAGCACGGAUGUACAGCGGUUUGGAAGAGGCUGUUUACCGUAACAUCACAGCCUGCAAAGAAUUCGCACAGACCAUGCGUUCCGCCUAUGGUCCCAAUGGAAUGAACAAGAUGAUCAUCAAUCACAUUGAAAAGCAGUUUGUGACCAGCGAUGCCGGCACAAUUAUGCGUGAAUUGGAUGUUGAACAUCCAGCUGCCAAGUUGAUGGUCAUGGCCAGUCAGAUGCAAGAUGCCGAAGUAGGUGAUGGCACCAAUUUUGUUGUCAUAUUUGCUGGUGCCUUGCUGGAAAAAGCCGAAGAACUUUUGCGUUUGGGCAUAACAACAGCUGAGAUUGCCGAUGGCUAUGAAAAAGCUUUGGAAAAGGCCCUUGAAAUUUUGCCCAAAUUGGUGUGCCAUGAAGUGAAGGAUUUCCGUGAUGUUGCUCAGGUCAAAGAAGUAAUGAAAUCUGCCAUUAUGUCCAAACAAUAUGGCCAAGAAGAUUUCCUCACCGAUUUGGUGACCAAGGCCUGUGUUUCCAUUUUACCCGAUAAGGGUACAUUCAAUGUGGAUAACAUUCGUGUGUGCAAGAUUUUGGGCAGUGGUUUGUCCAAAUCCGAAGUCGUUCAUGGCAUGGUAUUCAAACGUUUCGUUGAAGGUGAUGUCACCUAUGCGGAAAAAACCAAAAUUGCUAUAUUCUCCUGCCCCGUUGAUAUUAUUCAGACCGAAACUAAGGGUACUGUAUUGAUCAAGUCUGCCGAUGAGUUGAUGAAUUUCUCCUCAGGCGAAGAAAGCCUUUUAGAAAACCAAAUUAAAGCUAUUGCUGAUACCGGUGCCAAAGUAGUUGUUUCCGGUGGCAAAGUUGGUGACAUGGCUCUGCAUUUCCUCAACAAAUAUAACAUUAUGGCUGUGCGUCUUAACUCCAAAUUCGAUUUAAGACGUUUGGCCAGAGCUGUGAAUGGCACAGUGUUGCCACGCCUUACCACACCUAGCCAAGAGGAGUUGGGCUAUUGUGAUAAGGUUUGCAUUGAAGAAUUGGGCGAUACCACUGUGGUGGCUUUCAGAAACGAAGGAAAAGAUUCCCGCAUUGCCACCAUUGUUAUCCGAGGUGCCACCGACAAUUUCAUGGACGACAUUGAGAGAGCCAUUGAUGAUGGUGUCAACAAUUUCAAGUGUUUAUCCCGCGAUGGCCGCUAUGUUCCUGGCGCUGGUGCUGUUGAAAUUGAAUUGGCCACACAAAUCGCUGCCUAUGCCGACACAUUGCCCGGCUUGGAACAAUAUGCUGUACGUCGUUUUGCUGCUGCCUUAGAAGCAUUCCCCAAGGCAUUGGCCGAGAACACCGGUAUCAAUGCCACCGAAUUGGUUAAUCAAUUGUAUUUGGCCCAUGCCGAUGGUAAGGGUAAAACCAUUGGUUUCAACAUUGAAGCUGAGAAGGCCGAAACCGUUGAUGUCACCACCAGCAAGAUCUACGAUCUCUUCCAAUCGAAAUACUGGGGCAUGAAAUAUGCUGUGGGUGCUGCCACCACAAUUCUGAAGGUCGAUCAAAUCAUUAUGGCCAAAAGGGCUGGCGGUCCCAAGCCACGUCAAAAUGCUGGCAGUGACGAUGAAAGCUAAACACAUGAAUAUCAUUCUUUUAGGUCAUUUAUCAUCAUAUAAUCACCAACAUGUAUCGUUUAACGAAGUUAAUCCUCAUUCAGUACUGCUUGAUGCGAUGUAAUGUAUUAAUAUGUUCUAUUUUCCUUUUCUUACUUACGUUUUCUGUUGAAAUCCCUUCUCGUUUUUUUUCAUUGUAAUUUUUUAAGAUUUAUCUAAAAAUUCACACACACAAAAACUUUUCAUCAAAAAAAUAAUAAUAAAAAAAAUAUUGCAAAUGAAU